CUUAUCAGUCAUCCAAAUAAAACACCAAAAAGUCAACACUCCGACCAGAAGCUCACCAUUUGCUAGUCCAAAGCAAGGAGAAGACGACCGAUGGAAACUAAAAGCGGUGGCGCCGAGGGAGGAUCGGCUUCGGAACCGGCGAACAUGAUACUCCAUAAUGCUGUGAUCGUCACAAUGGACUCCGACAGCCGAGUCUUUCAAAACGGAGCCGUUUUCAUCGACCAAGACAAAAUCAAAGCCAUCGGUCAAUCUUCCGAGAUUCUUCGGCAAUUCUCCGCUCUGGCUCAUCACAUCAUCGACCUCCACCGUCAAAUCUUGCUUCCUGGAUUCGUCAACACACACGUGCACACCUCGCAGCAACUUGGUAGAGGAAUCGCCGAUGAUGUUGAUCUAAUGACGUGGUUGCAUCAUCGGAUUUGGCCGUACGAAUCCAAUAUGACUGAAGAAGACUCUUACAUCUCGACUUUACUCUGCGGAAUCGAACUUAUUCGCACCGGUGUCACAUGCUUUUCUGAAGCGGGAGGGCAGCACGUGACUGGGAUGGCAAGAGCUGUUGAAUUGCUGGGAUUGCGAGCCUGUUUAACAGAAUCGAUCAUGGAUUCCGGCGAGGGUUUGCCGGCAUCUUGGGGGAUUCGAACAACGGAUGAAUGUCUUCAGUCUCAAAAGAAGCUUUACGAGAAGCACAAUAAUACAGCAGACGGCCGUAUAAGGAUAUGGCUUGGAAUUAGGCAAGUUAUGAACUCAACUGAUCGUUUACUGUUUGAAACCAGAGAUGCUGCCAGAGAAUUAAAAACUGGCAUCCAUAUGCAUGUUGCAGAGAUACCAUUUGAGAACCAACUUGUGACGAAAACUCGGAAAGUUGAUCAUGGGACAGUUACAUUUUUAGAUAAGAUAGGAUUAUUGCAAGAAAACUUAUUGGCAGCUCAUACAGUGUGGGUAAAUGACACCGAGAUUGAUUUUCUUUCUCGGGAUGGGGUCAAAGUAUCUCACUGUCCUGCUUCUGCUAUGCGAAUGCUUGGAUUUGCACGUGUAAGGGAGAUGCUCAAUGCUGGCAUCAUUGUCUCCCUGGGCACAGAUGGGGCACCUUCUAAUAAUAGAAUGAGCAUUGUUGAUGAGAUGUACCUAGCUUCUCUGAUUAACAAAGGAAGGGAAGUGUAUGCGAAGGGGACAACUGAUCCCACAGCCCUCCCUGCUGAAACAGUUCUCAAAAUGGCAACCAUUAAUGGUGCAAAAUCAGUACUCUGGGACAACGAGAUAGGGUCGCUUGAGAUUGGGAAAAAGGCUGACAUGGUUGUUGUCAAUCCUUUCUCAUGGUCUAUGUUUCCUAUCCAUGACUGCAUUUCCAACCUUGUAUAUUGCAUGCGAACUGAGAAUAUCGUCUCUGUAAUGUGCAACGGUCGGUGGAUCAUGAGAGAUAAGAAGAUCUUAAAUGUGGAUGAGGAGGAAGUUAUAUCAUUAGCAAAAGAAGCUUCAAGCAAACUUUUGAAAAGAGCUGGCAUCAUAAUACCAAGCAGAAUGAAUGUCAUGUGAUUGUUGGAUAUUGUCACCGUUGGAAUGGUAUUGUUGUUCUAUGUUUACAUGAAAGAUCCU